AUGAACUACCUCAACACUACCUCCGUCUCAUUCGCUGUGACGCCGACCGUCGUAUCUACUUUAUUUUCCCAUUAUUUCAACAGGAAACCCCUUCGACAGCGCCCGACUGCUCAUCUCUCUUACGAUGAAGGUCUCCAUCUAAUCCGGUCGUUCCUCGAGUAUGCAUCACACCACACCGUCGAAGAACUUCAGGCUUUCACCGCGCAAUGGGUGCCACAUCCUCAAUGGGUCAAAGUCGAACAUGUCACCAUCUCUGAAGACCAGUUGACUCGCGCCGCUCAAUUACUGCAAACGCAAUUGGGACCCGAUGGCAUCCGACAGGUUGGCGGCGAGAAGUGGUGGCAAUGGCGUAAACCAGAAACCACCCUCGACGCAGAAUGGGUCGAGAUGCGCGCGGAUGCUUAUGAGCGAAAGCAAGAAGGGGGCAAGUCGCGGCGCGUCAUGAUGUAUAUCCAUGGAGGCGCGUACUACUUUGGCAGCGUUGACGAGCAUCGAUACCAAAUGCAGCGACAUGCGCGUAAACUCAAAGCACGCGUCUUUGCGCCUCGGUAUCGCCUUUCACCACAGUUCCCAUUCCCAUGUGGCCUCCACGACUGCCUUGCCGCUUACCUCUAUCUUCUCACUGUGCAAGACCCGACAACUAUUGUCCUGGCCGGUGACUCUGCAGGUGGUGGUAUGGUUAUGUCUCUUUUGUGUGUUCUUCGAGAUCAAGGGAUUCCGCUACCCGCCGGUGCUAUUCUCAUCAGUCCAUGGGUCGAUUUGACGCAUUCGUUUCCUAGUGUCGCUGAAGAGGCGCCCCUAGAUUACAUCCCACAGGCUGGAUUCCACCACAAGCCUUCCAAAGCAUGGCCACCUCCAAACGAGGACGAUAUAGCAAUGUUGAGAGAGGAGGCCCUGAAGAAGAAAAAAGGCGAGACGAAAAAGACACCAGGCAAAAAGGAACUUGAGGAAAAGCAACAGGCGCCUGUCGUAAAGCAGGAACCGUCGGAUGCUUCAUCAAGAUCGGACUGGAUCAAUGGUGGAGUCCCCGUCAACCCUGAAAAACUUCUUUCCGUCACCAUCGAUGGUCAGUCUGUCAAGCUCAAAGACCAAAUCCAGAUGUACACCACUAAUGAGCUUCUUGCUCACCCUCUAGUCAGUCCAGUGAUGCAGCCUACACUGGGCGGUCUGCCCCCACUUCUGAUCAUGGUUGGAGGAGGCGAGAUUCUUCGAGAUGAGCAAAUUUACAUGGCUCACAAAUGCGCAAACCCUGCAAAGUACGCGCCCACGGCUCUGACGCCAGAGGGAAAGGCUCUGUUAGAGCAAUACAAACCAACAGACGUUCAACUCCAAGUAUGGGACGACCUUUGCCAUGUAGCACCAACACUGAGUUUCACGCGACCUGCCAAGCACAUGUAUCGAUCUGUUGCUCAGUUUGGAGCAUGGGCUCUUGCACGAGCUCAAAAGCGUGGCAUAGAAAUCAUGGAUGACGACAAUAUAUCCGUUAUUUCUGCAUCAGGGUCUGAUAGCGAUUCCCAAGAAAAGCCACCCAAGACCGCAGACACCGAUAAGUCGGACGAUUUCAAGUCUGGCCAGGUUGGAAAGGCCGGAGAUCCUCUACCGAAUUUCAAGAACCACAUGAUUCGACAAAGGGUUACUCGCCACGGUGCAACUCUGCCAUUGGUAUCUGAAGCUGAGCUAACAGCGUGCUGCGUGGAUCCUGUGUCCGUGGGUGUUGUAAAACAGGGCACGGUCAAGAAGUGGCUGGCUAUGAAGGAUCAGUGGGAUCAUAGAUAUGCGUCCGCCAAGGCCAAGGUUCACAAAAAGAUGGUCAGCGAUAUGGCCGUUGGUUAUCAUAAUUUUGGCCCUGGCGAAUGUCCACCUCCAACGGCAUUGGCUGGCCGACGGAGGGUCGAUUCCAAGCUGGUUGAGGGAAGCAAGAAACAACAGAAGAGUUGGGGUCUAGCAAUGUGGUCGCUCUGGGGCUCAAAGCAUGACGAAGCGACGGUCGAACGAGAGAAGAAGGCAACUGUGCAACCGCUGACACGAGCUGCCACCACUGCCGAGGGUGAAGGGGCGCGCUCCUUUGAUGACAUUGAACAGCAGGAUAGGGCACCCGUGAAGCCUGGCCGACCAAGAAGCCAAUCUCAUAGACGAAUGGUCACCGAUGAGAAUCAGACGGGCAGUCAAGCUAUCGCUGCGAACAUGCCAGUUUCCCACCUUAUCGAGCAACGAAAGGAGCAAGAGGCCGCCAAGCCUGGCCUGCUCAGUCCAGAUUAUGCGCCAGAGACCGGUGUGGCAGGCAAAAGACCUUUCCUGGAUGGCAUUGCACUGCCUUUUAGUCUCAAUAAGAAUGCUGAGACGGCUAGUAUGAUGACACUUCAGUCUGAUGUCACACCCUUUCCAGGCUCAAGACCUAUGAGCCCGAGCUUUUAUGAUGACGAUAGCACUCAACCCUCACAGUCGACUCAGCUCACUUCCCAAGAUGAGCCGGUCAUCGAGAUAGCAGGAAAGCGACCGUUCCUCGACGGUACAGCAGUCCCUUUCAGUUUGAAGAAGGAAGCAGAGACCGCCAGUAUGAGGACCUUGCAAUCCAAUAUUACUGCCAUGCCCAGCUCGCGACCCAUGAGCCCUGCCCACCCAGCAGAACCGGAUGAAAAGGUACAGGAGAAUGGGGUAUCAAACGAGAAGAGUGAGCUCGAUGACGGAGCAUCGAGUAUGCUCGCCACACCUCUGGAGCGGCCUGGGUUGGAAACUUUCGUCACAGCGCAGGAGGAGCUUCCUAAGGUGAAGUAA